AUGAAGGUGCGCUAUGAAAACGAGGCUGCGUGCGAAUUGGUCUGGCUCAAUGACAUGCUGUAUGACGCCGGAUUACUGGAAGGAAAGGGAAAGAUCUGCUCAAAUCUGCAGGUUGACAAUAAAGGUGCCAUCGAUCCUGCGAAGGGGGAGUCCCUACCCAGACGAUCAAGGCAUAUAGAGAUCCGCUACCAUAUCCUUCGAGAACUUGUUGAAAAGGAUGAGAUAGAGCUCCUCCACGUUGGUUCUACUGCCAAUAAAGCGGACGGAUUUACGAAGCCUUUGGCGAAGCCCGCAUUCGUUGAUUGCGUUGAGAAGUUAGGAUUGGCGGAGACUAAUUGA